AAAGAAGGGGCAAUGGAUUAUAAAUAGGUUGCACAUUACAGCAUGACAAUCAAUUUACAGAGAGUGUGCAUUGAGUGCAUACACGUUUUAUUACAGCCUUUAAGUGAAUAAAAAGUAUUAAACAGUGUUAAACUUUUAAGUCAACGUGCAUGUUUCAAGAAGUUCUAAGUGUUUCAAGAAGUUCUCAAAAUAUCAGCAAAAGCUACGAUGUCGAAAUUGCGGAAGUUGCAACCUCCUACGCUAAUAAUUACGAGUAGUAAAGAUAAUUCUGAAAAAACUUUAUUAAAUGACAAGACAUUAUAUAAUGACUUUCUCAAAAUAAAGAUCGAGGAAGACAAAGACAGCGGUUUCUCAAGCGGUUUUGACUCUUCUGUCGAUAAUUCAGAUGAGUCAAACAGUCUUAUUAAUGAGCGCGAGAAAUUCGUAACAAUAUACAAACAAAAACUUCAGAACAAAUUACCAGAGCAUUUUGAUCAAUGGACCACUGAGAAGCAAUACAAGCAUUUAGUAAACAAUAUCAGCAAGUAUUUUCCUAAUAUACCCAAGUCUCUGAGAUACAUCUUACCAGCGAUUUUUGAAAAUGGUGACAAGCGAAAGAUGAAUGCAAAGCCAGAUUGGUUGGAUAUGGAAAAGUUUUCUCGCGGACAACGCUUUGCCCAGCGUUAUUUUUCUGCGAUCUCCAUAAGCAGCUUAUUGGGUCUGCUACAAAUAUUUAUCUUCUCGGAUGGUCUAAAACCUCUAAUUCUCAGUCAGAAGUCAAACACUCCAUACAGAGCUUUCAAACGAUAUCUUUCGACAAUUAAGACCUUCAGAAACUGGUACACGAGCAAUCCGUGGAGCAAAGAAACGCCGGCUUACGACGACAUUCGUAGGGUGCGAAAGCUACAUAGGGCCAUGAGACAAAAAUUAUGUAAGAAAGACGACAAAGAAAUCGAUCGGGAUAGCGAAAUUCCAAACGCGUGGUGUCCUAUGCUGGCAAAAAUUAGAAAAGAUUUCGCAAAUGCAUGCCCGAUGGCGAAGAACCAGCAAUGUCCUUACUUAAUGACGAGGACAAAAGGUUUGAAUCAAGGCGAUAUGUCGGGCACACAGUUCGCCUGCAUGGGUUUGAUAGUGCUAUAUCCAGAGCAAUUUGGAAUACACAAUGCCAGUGAUGAUGAUCUAGAGGCUUUCUGUCAUCUCUGGCGCGGAUUGGGUUACCUGCUGGGCAUCGAGGAUCAGUACAACUUCUGUCGCGGUAGCCUACAUGACGUACGCCAGCGAAUUAAAGAUUUCAUCGAGCACUGGAUAAAACCGAAUUUUCGCACGUUGACACCAGAAUGGGAGCACAUGACUAAAUGUCUGAGUGAGGGAGUCGGUUAUAUCGCUUACUUAAACAACUACAAAAUAUUUCUACUCCAACUCUGUGACAUACUUGGACUUGACAUGCCGUGCUUGUACAAUUCUCUUGGCCUAGCGGAAAAAACACUUUACAUUCUACAAAAGUACCUGGUCCCGUAUUUAUUAAAACUACCUGGUAUCUUCUUUAUCAUGAACGCAGCGUUAAACGCGCGUCUGGAUCAGGCGACAAACUUCGAACCCAAGAAACAUAUUAAUCUUAAAAACAAGUCAUUUAAAAAAGUCCCAGAAAUUAUAUAUAAUUAUAUAUAAGUUUUAUUUAAUUAAUUAAAAUAGAUUUUUAUAAUCUAUUAAAUU